AUGCCUCUUAAGUUGGAUAUAAAACGCCGCUUAACCUCGCGUUCGGAUCGAGUGAAAUGUGUAGAUCUACAUCCGACAGAGCCGUGGAUGUUGUGUGCACUUUACAAUGGCCACGUACACAUUAUGAACUAUGAAAACCAACAAUUGGUUAAAGAUUUCGAAGUGUGUGAUGUGCCGGUGCGUUGUGGACGUUUUGUGGCUCGGAAAAAUUGGCUCAUUACUGGUUCCGAUGAUAUGCAGAUACGUGUAUUCAACUAUAAUACCCUAGAAAAGAUACACUCGUUCGAGGCUCACUCGGAUUAUCUACGAUGUAUAGCCGUACACCCGACGCAGCCAUUAAUACUUACUAGUAGUGAUGAUAUGCUGAUAAAGUUAUGGAACUGGGAAAAAUUGUGGGCAUGUCAACGCGUGUUCGAAGGCCAUACGCAUUAUGUUAUGCAGAUUGUUUUCAAUCCGAAGGACAACAACACAUUUGCUUCUGCCUCACUUGACCGAACAGUGAAGGUUUGGCAACUUGGUUCAACAUUCGCAAACUUCACACUUGAGGGACAUGAGAAAGGAAUCAAUUGCAUUGAUUAUUAUCAUGGAGGUGAUAAACCCUACUUGAUUUCUGGCGCAGAUGACCGAUUGGUAAAGAUUUGGGACUAUCAAAACAAAACCUGCGUACAAACAUUGGAAGGGCAUGCACAAAAUAUAUCUGCAGUUUGUUUUCAUCCCGAGUUGCCUAUAGUUUUAACUGGGUCCGAAGAUGGCACCGUUCGAAUCUGGCAUUCAGGCACUUACCGCUUAGAAACUUGCCUCAACUAUGGGUUUGAGCGAGUUUGGACAAUUGCGUGUAUGCGUGGCAGUAAUAACGUUGCUCUUGGUUAUGAUGAAGGAUCAAUUAUAAUAAAAGUGGGUCGAGAAGAACCCGCAAUGUCAAUGGAUGUUAUUGGCUCUAAAAUUAUUUGGGCUAAACACUCUGAAAUGCAGCAGGUAAAUUUAAAAGCAAUGGCCGAUGGAACCGAAAUAAAAGAUGGCGAACGAUUGCCAGUUGCCGUUAAAGAUAUGGGCGCUUGUGAGAUUUAUCCCCAAACUAUAGCACAUAAUCCCAAUGGUCGCUUUGUUGUGGUAUGUGGCGAUGGCGAAUACAUAAUAUACACAUCUAUGGCUUUGCGUAACAAAGCAUAUGGAUCUGCUCAAGAAUUCGUGUGGGCGUUGGAGAGUAAUGAAUAUGCCAUACGAGAGAAUAAUGGAACAGUUCGCCUUUUCCGCAAUUUUAAAGAGCGGAAAAGUUUCACCCCUGAGUAUGGAGCAGAAAGUAUUUACGGAGGGUACUUGUUUGGUGUAAAAACAUCGUCUGGAUUGGCAUUCUACGACUGGGAGACUCUACAGUUAGUGCGCCGAGUCGAAGUGCAACCACGGCAUGUCUUCUGGAACGAAGCGGGCACAUUAGUAUGUCUUGCUACCGAUGAAUCUUACUUUAUUCUCUCAGUAGAUACUGCUGCAAUUGCAACUGCAUUGGAAAACAAGCAAGGGCUCGAAGACGAUGGUAUUGAAAGUGCCUUCGAGGUUUUGGGCGAAGUCAACGAGGUAGUAAAGACCGGAAUUUGGGUUGGGGACUGCUUUAUCUACACAAACUCUGUUAAUCGUAUUAACUAUUGUGUUGGUGGCGAAAUUGUUACGAUAUCUCAUCUGGAUCGUACAAUGUAUUUGCUGGGCUAUGUACCGAAGGACAACCGCCUGUAUUUGGGUGAUAAGGAGCUGAACGUCAUCUCAUUUUCGCUUCUGUUGUCUGUACUCGAAUACCAAACAGCGGUUAUGCGUCGCGAUUUCGAAAGAGCAGAUCUAGUGUUACCCACCGUCCCCAAAGAGCAUCGUACACGAGUCGCUCAUUUCCUGGAGAAGCAGGGCUUUAAACAGCAGGCAUUGCAAGUUUCCACUGACUCCGAUCAUAAAUUCGACUUAGCCUUACAAAUCGGUGAAUUGGAUGUGGCAUUGAAACUGGCACGCGAAGCAGAAAAUCCCCAAAAGUGGUCACAAUUAGCUGACGUCGCUUCACGAAAAAACAAUAUGCAACUUGUAAAAGAAUGCAUGCAAAAAGCAAAUGAUUUCAGUGGUCUUUUGCUAUUGGCGACAUCCUCAGGAGAUGAGAAAAUGUUGGAAGACGUAGCUGAAAGCAGCUCCAAACAAGGACGUCACAAUAUAGCAUUCCUCUCGUCUUUCGUACGAGCUAAUGUGCAACGUUGUCUGGAUAUAUUAAUUGAGACGAAUCGUUUACCCGAAGCUGCAUUUUUUGCACGCACAUACAUUCCCAGCCAAAUGUCUCGCAUAGUUGAACUUUGGCGUGAAGAGUUGGCUAAGUUUAAUGAAAAGGCUGGUCAAUCCCUUGCCGAUCCAGCCAAAUAUGAAAAUCUUUUCCCUGGUCUAGGAGAGGCGCUACGCGUAGAAGAAUUUUUGCAACAAACUCAAGAAAAGAAGUUACCAGCUUCUGCUGCCGCUCAAAUACCACUCAAUAUUGAGCGCAAUCCGAUAGAGGAAAUGCACUUAGCAGAACAACGAGGAAUUUUUGAGAGUAACAGUAAGCCAGCUGCGCAAUCAUAUAAGAAAAAUGAUGACUAUGUGGGUGAAGCACCAGUCAAUGCCGUUGCCAAUACCACUGCUGCCACAACCGUAUUAUGUAAAACAUCAGAUGGACUGGGAGACGAUGGUGAUGACGACGAGUUGGAACUUGAAAUUGAUGGUGUGACGUUGGAUGAUUUUAUUGAUACAACCGAUGUUAAUUUAGAUGAGGACUUUUUGAGCGAUGACUAAGUCAAUCGCCGCCAACUUUAUUUUAACUAUACCACAAGAAAAUAUUUACAUUUACAUUUAGAAAUCUAUUCCCAUACCCGAAUUGGUUAUCGUUAUUUAAGUUUUUGCAUAGCGACAGUGUUCUCCAUUACAACAGUACUAAUGCGUAAUUCGGCAUACAUUCUUUUUAUUAAGUUGAAUUGCAAACAUACAUAUAUUGAACGCAACUUCGGAAAUACGGCGAAUAUUUGCUGCGCCAAGAGUUAAAUUAAACAUUCUGUAUAAAUUAAUAAUAGAAAACAAUAAAGGAAAUACUUGUAGCAAACAUUUAUGUUAGUAAACAAA